ACCCGAGUGUGUGUAUGCGUGUGCGUGUGUGAGCGCGAGCGAGCUUGCGAGGGAGAGGAGCGAGAGUGCGAGCGAGAAAGAAUAAAAGGAAAGAAGAUUUUCUCUAUGUAUAUAAAGAUGGCCACGUUAGCAAACGGACAGGCUGACAACGCGAGCCUCAGUACCAACGGGCUCGGCAGCAGCCCGGGCAGCGGCGGGCACAUGAACGGAUUAAGCCACAGCCCGGGGAACCCGUCGACCAUUCCCAUGAAGGACCACGAUGCCAUCAAGCUGUUCAUUGGGCAGAUCCCCCGCAACCUGGAUGAGAAGGACCUCAAGCCCCUCUUCGAGGAGUUCGGCAAGAUCUACGAGCUUACGGUUCUGAAGGACAGGUUCACAGGCAUGCACAAAGGUGAGUGCACCUUUCCCUCCCAACUUUGCCGGGGAGAAGGAGCCGGCGGGCGGGCCGGCGGGCCGGCGACCGACGAGCGGGAGACGGCGCGAGAGGGAGCCUCGGGCGGCCGCCGAGGAGGGAGGCGCUCGGGCAGCAGAGACCAGGACUGGGGUGCGUGGGGAGCUGUUCGCCGGGGCAAGGCUGGGUUUGGGGCGAGGAGCUGA